CUGGUCCAAAACAGAAUAGCUGAAUUCCAUACAGAGUUGGAGCUUCUCCCACCAAAUGCUCUGGAGAAUCCUUGUAUCAAACAUGCUGUUGAGCUGGAACAGUCUUUCAUGGAAGGUGCUUACAACAGUGUUUUAAUCGCCAGGCAGACUGUGCCCCAUGAAACUUACGUUUAUUUCAUGGAUCUUCUUGCAAAAACUGUCAGAGAAGAGAUUGCCGGUUGCAGUGAAAAAGCUUAUGAGUCCCUGUCAGUUGCUGAUGCAAAGAAAAUUCUGAUGUUUUCUUCUGAUGAGGAACUUUCUACUUAUAUCGAAGAG